UACGUAAAAAUAAGUACAUAUAUUAUAUAUUUGCCAGUCUAUUUUUAGUUUAAACGGUUGGGUGGACAACUAUUUAGGUUAAUUAUUCAAGAAGGGAAAUCGAUCCACCGGCUGAUUUCCCAUUUUACAGGAAUGAAUUGAGUAUGGACAAUGAUCAAUUUCUGUUGCCUUUUCUUUCAUUUCUACUGAUUCUUGUUACCCUGUUUACCUUCUGACAUGGUCAGUAUGUCCAGGUUUGAGAACCAAAGCAAUGGUUGGUCAAAUGAAAUCUUUGUUUUUUGUGUGUGUUUGUGUUUAUUGGUGAUCAUUUUCUGAGAUUGUACUUCACUUUCUUCUGAAAGAAAAAAGGGAUCUUUUCUAUCUUUUUUUUUUUUUCGGCUAUUUUUUGUUGGGUCUCAAAUAGUUAGCAUUUCUAUCCUUUUUGUUUUUUUGCUUGCUUUUCCCCUUCUGCUUGGAAGAAAGCUGAAGAAAAUUUCUCAACACGUACUUCCCUAAGAAAUUUGUUUCUUUUCUCUUUCAUUUCUACUGAUUCUUGGUACCCUAUUUGCCUUUUCUAACAUGGUGAGUACUGUCCAUGUUUGAGAACCGAAGGAAUGGUUGGUGAAAAGAACUUGGUUUUCUUUUGUGUGUGUGUUUAUUGGUGACAAUUCUCUAAGAUUAUUAUUCACUUUCUUUGUGAAGAACCACAGGAUCUUUACACAAAUAGUCACUUGGAUAAACUGUUUACUUUUCCUAGCCGGUAUACAUAAAUUAUACAUAUAUCCGCCGACAUUUUAGUACCUUUUUGGAGUGUCAUCUUUUGGUUCUUUUCAGUGGGGCUCUGCCUGAUCACUUUUAGUGGGGUCUCAAAUAGGAUUUUUGGAGCAUUCCCAAUUUGAUUCCAGUGUCACCUGAAAUAGAAAAGGUGUUAUCCCGUGGUUUGAAGAUGUAUGUGGUGGAGAGCAAAGGAGGGGCUAUAGUUUGCAUGUUAUUGUCUUUGUUCUUCUUAGGGACUUGGCCAGCCUUACUAACUUUACUUGAAAGGAGAGGGAGAUUUCCACAACACACUUACCUUGAUUAUACUUUCACUAAUCUUUUAGCCGCUGUCAUAAUUGCUUUUACCUUUGGUCAAAUUGGGACAAGCUCAGUGGAAAACCCAAAUUUCCUCUCCCAAAUCUCUCAGGAUAAUUGGACGAGUGUCUUGUUUGCAAUGGCUGGAGGGGUGGUCCUUAGCAUUGGAAACCUUACAACUCAAUAUGCUUGGGCCUUUGUUGGUUUAUCAGUUACCGAGGUUGUCUCCUCAAGCAUUACUGUGGUUAUAGGAACGACCAUGAAUUACUACCUUGAUGACAAAAUUAACAAAGCGGAGAUUCUUUUUCCUGGGGUUGGAUGCUUCUUGAUUGCCGUUUGUUUAGGCUCUGCUGUUCAUGCAUCCAAUGCAGCUGAUAAUAAAGCAAAGCUUGAUAGUUAUUCAAAUGACUCUAAACAUAGCAUUAGGGCUAAUAGUAUUACUGACUCCAAACAAGCAUGUACAAAGAGAGUUGGUGUAAAUGAUGCGGAAAAGGGAGUUGCUUACACAGAAAAGGCAAAAUUUGGGACUGCGCUUUUCCUGAUAGAUCUCGAGAAGAGAAGAGCGAUCAAGAUAUUCGGGAAGAGCACAUUCAUUGGUUUGGCGUUGACAUUCUUUGCUGGAAGUUGUUUUUCUCUCUUCUCACCAGCAUUCAACCUUGCCACGAAUGAUCAGUGGCGUACUCUAAAAGAUGGAGUUUCACACUUGAGCGUUUACACAGCAUUCUUCUACUUCUCAGUUUCUUGCUUUGUCGUUGCCAUGAUUUUGAACCUCAGCUUCUUAUACCGCCCUGUUCUAAAUGCGCCCAAGUCAUCUCUGAAGGCUUAUUUAAAUGACUGGAAUGGUAGAGGUUGGGCCCUUUUGGCAGGACUUUUGUGUGGUUUUGGAAAUGGUCUCCAAUUCAUGGGAGGUCAAGUCUUUGGAUAUGCGGUUGUACGCUCGUUCGAGUUAGUAGAACUUUGUAUUUGGAUUGAAGUUCUUGUAACAAUUACUCAACAAUCAACCAUGUCUGAAUUAGUACUGGUCGGCUAUUAUGAAUCCUCUGUGUCUAUUCCCAAAAGAAAUUGAAAAAGAAUAUCAGAAAACAAGAAUGCUUAGAUACUACAGCACGAAUAGACAUGCAACGAGGGACCUCCUACGCAUGUUAUUCUUGUCUAUUUUUUGAAGUUCGGGAAAAAUACUAUGAGUUCUUGUGAUGUGAAUUUAUUCACUAGCUGCAAGCGGGGCCAGAUCAUAGAGGCCCGUUUAGGGGUUCACAGGAACCUAGUGGCUUCUGUCCAUAUCCUGUAUAUAUAUAUAUAUAUAUAUAUAUAUUAAGAAAUUUACUAAA